AUGAUCGGCGUUCUUCGAUUUGCCCUGCGUGGCUUGACAGCCUAUUCAUGCGUCGCUUCAGCCCUGCCAGCACGGUCAAGUACGAGCAAGAAUGACCCGUUCGCUAUACUGGAUCUUCAAGACUGGCAAAAUCCUGACCAGAUGACUUGGGACGACUAUGUGCCAGUACCAGGCAUCGAAUGGAACGAUGCGAGCCGACGAGGCUCUGUCCGCAACUUCAACAUCGCACUCGUGGCUGUUGAUUACCCCGACAUGAACUUCACCAUAACGCAAGCUGCCGGGAACACUGUUUUCGACAAUCCUCAACCAGUGGUUAAUAGUCUCGCCCGUGAAGACGUACCUGGCUAUUACCGUGAUCUUUUGAACAAAGUUCAGGACCUCAACCACGGGCAUACUCUGCAUGAGUAUUGGAUGGAGGACUCUGCUGGUCGAUACGGUGUCGAUCUGACUGCGUUCGGAGCCUAUCGACUUCCCCGGAAAAGCUUCCAGUAUGGUAUUGAUGAUGCAGAGGACGGCAUGAAUCCCGGUGCAUGUCCAGAAGCACCAUGCAAUGUCGACCUACGAACAGACGCGCUGGGUGCAUGGCGUGCAGAUGUUGGUAAUGAGACAGCGAGCGCGUUUGAGCUCGUCUUCAUACUGUCUGCAGGUCAGGAUGAAUCUUCCACCUGGCAAGAAUUUGGCGAGAUGAAGUUCCAAACCAAGGAGGAUGUACCAGCAGACUUUGGGCCUCCAGCAGGGCUGAGCAACCUGACCAACUACGCCGCGACACGCUAUGUUGAGUGGACGAGCUGGGUCAGUGCGGCAUCGAUUUGGCCAAAUGCCGGCGGCGGAAGCAGUACACAGGGUGAGAGUUCAGGUGCUGCAGUCUACGCGCAUGAACUCAGCCAUUUGAUCGGCAUUGGAGACAACUACAACAAUCCCUAUGGACUUCCAGCUCGCCGUGCAUAUACUGGCCCCUGGAGUAUGAUGUCUCGUGGAAGUUUCAACGGACCAGGGGGACCACAUACCCGAUGGCAGAUUCCAGCACUUCAGGGGGCUUCCCUCGGAUCACUUCACACCGUUCGAGACAAGCUUCAACUUGGCCUAGUCGACAACUCAAGUGUGCUGAUGACUUCUCGUGAGGAGCUCACAGCAUAUUCUGGUGUUCUUGUUGCUCGACUCACCGCACGAGCCGUCGAUGAAGGUCCAGACGGCCUCAAGGGUCUGCGCAUCAAUAUCGACUCUGACGACUCGCCUGCUUGCAAUAUCUCGACAGAUCCACUGUGUGAUGCUGGGGGAUACAAUUUCUACGAUCUUGAAGUUGUUCAACGCAUCGGUGCAGAUAGCUUCCAAGCUGACUCAGGGGUCUUACUCUCAAAAGGCCAGAUAUCGGACGCGCGACAGCCAUUCCAGUGGGUCAUUGAUGCCAAUCCCCAGGACAUUGACGUAGUUGACUUUGUUCGGCCGGAUGGUACCGAGAGCAUGUUGACAGUAGGUGACUACCGGCAACUCAUGGAUGCUCUUUUCCAUGCCGGCACACGUUCUGGAAGUCAGUUUGAGUACGUUGACGAGGCCAACAAUCUACACUUCUACGUUGUUGAGCCAGAGGUUGAUGAAAGUGGUGUCUUAUACUACACCGUCGGCGUCAAGUCUCUCUUGCCCACGAGCAGUGUUCAUGCUCCCAGCAAGUAUGGCGUUGACUUGCUUGAAGGCAAGGCAUCACCAGGCUCGCCAUCAGGAGGCUCGUGUACUUUCAUCUUGAAGAACACUGGUGAAGCUGCAAGUGGAGCACCAUUGCAUUUAAGUUCUGACAUUUAUCGGCUAAGUGCUGAAGUAGAUGGGUCCGGAUGGCAGAUUGUUCUUCCGAAUGAACUCGCCACGGCCAGAUUUGGGCAGGAAACAGUCGCGAGAGUCGCCUUUGCCCCUGCAGCACAUGCUAUAGAACACGCAACCAUCAAACUAACGGCUACGUCCGAGUCAGACAACACAGUUGUUCAGACUCAAACUUGCCAGGUUUCAAAUGACAGAGGCUACGAAGAGACACGGGACAAGUCAAAGGCAAAGACUCGCAGACGGGCAGACAUGGCCCAGAUCAAUCCUCGAAGACCCAACAUCGACUUCCAUGAGCACCAGCGGAGGAUGAACCCCGAUGACUACACAAUAUGCCCAGCACCAUAG